AUGAGUUCUGAAUUGCAACAAGCCAAGGAAAGGGCCAUUCAAGGUUUACGAAGACUCACCGAUGAUGAGGACAAUCUUAAAAAUAAGUUUGAACGAGAGAAAAGCAAUCCUAGAGAUCCCACUGAAGUCGAAGAAGAUUACAAAAAUUUCAAUAAAGACUUUGAUGACAUAUUUGGCGUUUCAAAGCACGAAGGCGUGGAUACUGGGAAACUACAAGAAAUUCGCGAUGAAAACCGUCCCAGCAAAAAAUUAAACAACUGCGGUAAAUGUUUCAAUGGCGACAAAAUUAACAAGGAGCUCUUUGUGUCAGUGGGAAAACAUGUAUACCUGGCUCUUCCUUGGCACGAGGGUCUCCAGACCAAUCAUUGUUUGAUUAUACCAAUAGAUCAUUACUCGUCAUCUACGCAUCUAGACGAAGACGUAUGGCAAGAGAUCUCAAGCUAUCGAAGACUGUCGACAAAAAUAUUUGCCAAGCGGAAACAGGACGUUUUGUUUUUUGAAACAGCCCGAUACCUACAGAAGCGGCCACACAUGGUUAUAAAUUACUUGCCAGCGGAUGAUUUUGAAAUGGCACUUUUUUAUUUUAAAAAAGCCAUAGAAGAAAGCGAGUAUGAAUGGUCGAAGAAUAAGCAGCUUGUGACUUUGAAGGAGAAAAACUUAAGAAAAUCCAUUCCAUGUGGAUUACCAUAUUUUUGGGUGAAUUUCGGAAUGGAUUUCGGAUUUGCUCAUGUAAUCGAGAACCAAGAAAACUUCCCAUUACAUUUUGCUCAAGAAAUCAUUGGAGGCAUGUUGACUUUGGACAUGAGAAAAUGGCGGUCUCCGAGAGAGGAACAUAAUGUCAAAACAAAAGUGAGGAAUCUUGCAGAUUUGCUUAAGCCAUAUAGCCAUAUGAAAAGGAACUUUGUUAAUACUAGAAAACAAUUUAACUUAGUUUUUAAGUUCAGAAACAAAAAUACCUUAAGUGAGUAA